AUGUCAAAAGCUAAAUACAUAGCUGAAGGAGGGUCUUCAAACAGACCACCAUACUUUGAUGAUGAAUGUGAUAUGGCCAAGAAGGUGGGUAUGUGGAGAAUCAUCACAGAUGGAGACUUUAUACCAAGAAUAGAUCAAAACGAUGCUACAUCAGCUGAAAAGAAAGAAUCAGAUUGGACAGCAGAUGAAAAAUCCAAGGUACUCUUAAACUCAAAAGCUCAACUGUUUUUAUCGUGUGCCUUAAGUAGGGAAGAAAGUGAAAGAGUAGAUGAGUGUGAUACGGCCAAGAAGGUAUGGGACACACUGCGAACUCACCAUGAGGGAACGAGUCAUGUUAAGGAAACAAGAAUUGACAUUGGUAUCCGAAAGUUCGAAUUAUUUGAAAUGAAUGAAGGAGAAACAAUCGAUGAAAUGUAUUCAAGGUUCACAACUAUAGUGAACGAAAUGCGCUCCCUUGGCAAAGCUUAUUCAGUACAAGACAGGGUAAGAAAAAUCAUGAGAUGUCUUCCAAUCAUAUGGAGACCAAUGGUGACACUAUAA